UAGCAUCCUCAUUCCCAAUCCCUUGAUUCCCUUCCCCGUUCUGGGUCCCGGUUGGUAAUAUGAAAUGAACCAGAAGCUACGAGUCCCGAUAGCUUCCUCUUUCUGAUUGGUGGCAGGCUGCCGCUUAAAGGACACGAGUGACGCAGAAGAAACUAGGGACUGAAGGAGUGAGGGAGGGACUAAAGGAACGAAGCCGUCGGACAUGGCCGGAAGAAAUCGGCUCCCGCCAAAUGCCCUAAAACUUCGAGAAGCGCCGCUCGCGAUGGGGGGCCACCUCCCUCCCCAUCCUGCCCUAAUCGAAGAUCCUCUCUUGCCUUUACCCAUCCACCGCGUCCCUUUGCCAUUACCUGGCGCUGCUGCUCGCCCCCACCCUGUCAUCAUCGAAGAGCGCCUUGUCGCUCAGCACCGGGAGAUCCAAUCCCUUCUCCUUGACAAUCAACGGCUUGCAGCUACUCACGUGGCCCUCAAGCAGGAGCUUGCCGUCGCUCAGCAAGAUCUCCGCCACUUAUCGGCUGCUGCGGCCGAUGUUAAGGCCGAGAGAGACGCUCAGGUCAGAGAAGUCUACGAGCGGUCGUUGAAGAUGGAGGCCGAGGUCCGGUCGAUCGACACUCUGAAUGCCGAGUUGGCUCAGGUCAGGGCUGAUGUACAGAAGUUGACUGUGGCCAGGCAGGAUCUCACUGCCCAGUUGCAGGCCCUCAACAGCGACUUUACACGGUCCCGGGCCGAGUUGCAGCAAGUUCCGGCUAUCCAGGCCGAGAUUGAAACCAUGCACCAGGAGCUCCAAAGAGGAAGGGCUGCUGUUGAAUAUGAGAAAAAGGCGCAUGCUGAUAACCUUGAACACAGUCAAGCAAUGGAGAAAAAUAUGAUUUCCAUGGCUCGUGAGGUUGAAAAGUUGCGGGCUGAGCUCGCUAAUGCAGAGAAGAGAGCACGAGCAGCUGCAGCAGCAGCAGCAGCAGCUAACCCAGUUUCUGGAUAUGCUGGAAGUUAUGGAAACCCUGAGAUGGGAUAUGGAGGAAAUUAUUAUUCUGAUCCUUAUGCCAUGCAUCAGGUUCAAGGUGGAGCUGAUGCUGGUUCUCAAUAUGGAUCUGGAGCAAUUUCACACAGUCCAUAUGACAUGCAACGAGCUCACAUACAUAGAUGAGCUGGUUAUUGGUGUUACCACCUAAUUUCAAAGUUUUUUCUUUGUUUUUUUGGUUUUGGGGCACUUAGGAUCUCUUGUAGCUCCACCAGGCCUUUAAGUUCUAUCGGAGGCAUUUUAUUAUUAGCAACAGUGUUCAUGGGUGUUCUGAUGUCCAAAGUUUUGUUUCCAUUUUUGGAUGGACGGAUAUUUGAUGAUCAGCCACCUAUAUAUGAAUUACAACAACCUGAUGAUGGCCUUCGCUUUUGGUUUUCAAUUUAUGAUUUUGUGCUUCUAUUCCAGUACUCUAUGUAUUAAUAUGUACAUUACUUAUGUUCAUGUGAAAUGUGACUGUGAUUGGUUUAAAGAUUAA